AGAAAAUCUGCGAGAACGAGCAACCUUUGAUCGAUUAGGAGCCCAAGCUGAUAAGUGUUCGAAACUUGAAAUUUUGCAGAGUUUUAGAUCUGGGUUUUAAUAAUUAGUGCAGGGUUUGAGUUGGUUCAUCGGAAUUUUUGUACGACUCACAAGGUUGUAGACUCUUCAUCUGGUUUUGCUUUGAAGAGGCUAGAUUUUCAUAUCUGGUGGGAGGAGCUUGUUCUUUUGUGGGUAAUCUUUGUAUGAUGGUGAUUUUGGAUUCUCCUUAAUUAGAUUGAAUCACAAGAGAGAAAAGGUUAUAGAGAUUGUUUUAAGCUUAGAUGGGGAAGCCGUUGUUUUAUGAGAUCUUGGAGAAGCCAGCAACAAGUUGUAUAAUAGGGAUAUGCAGUGCAAUCUGGUUCUAUAUUCAGAAGAAAAACAUUGGGUAUCAACAUGUAGGUUUGAGUUAUGAAACUGCCAUAGAAGGGCACCAUUGGAGGAUAAUUACUUCAGCUUUUUCUCAUGUAAGUGUUCUUCAUCUAGUUUUCAAUAUGAGUGCACUUUGGAGUCUUGGGGUUAUAGAGCAGCUGGGGCACCUGGGUCUUGGUGUGUCAUAUUAUCUUCAGUAUACACUUGUCUUGGUUGUAUUAUCUGGAGUUCUUGUUUUGGCACUUUACCACUUGCUGAUCCAGCGAUUCAAGGUUGAGUAUUUUCGUCGAGUGACAGCUGUUGGGUAUUCUUGUGUUGUUUUUGGGUGGAUGACAAUUCUUUCCGUGAAGCAACCCUCAUCAAAGUUGGAUCUAUUUGGGUUUCUUUCCCUUCCCAUUAGUUUUGCGCCAUUUGAGUCUCUAAUUUUCACUUCAAUUAUUGUUCCACAAGCGAGUUUUGUGGGUCAUUUAUCGGGAAUCAUUGUUGGUUAUGCUAUAGCAUGGGGCUUGAUCAAUGGCAUGAACAAUUACUGGGCAGUUUCUAUGCUGGGAUGGAUUGUGGUUACUUUUGUCUUCAGUUUGAAGCGGUCUGGUGCAUAUGAUUUCAAUUUUAUUGAUAUUGAAUCUGUUACUGAUUCUUCAUUGCCUUCUGUACGGUUUCUUGGAACUGGUCGAACCUUGCAGAUGAGUACAAUUGCAGCUGAAGGUGUUGAGGUUGUCUAACUCUUGCUCAAGGUCUUAGGCAUCAUAUCUACAACGUGGGCAUGGCUUACAAAUGAGUCAUCCUUUGAUAAUACAUUUAUACUGUAUGAUUAUGAGGUGCUAGGCUAGAGAGUUUGAGUUGGAAAUACUGCAAUGUCCGUGAUCAUACAAAUUGCCCAAUCUGUUUUUCAAACUAGAAGCUGGUGUGUGCAUCUCUUUGCUGCCAAACAGUUUGCAAGUUACUGUCAUUGCUAAAUGUAAGCAAAGCAUCAUUCAUUAUUCUGUUUUCCCCUUAUUUUUCUUUCUUUUUUUGACUUCUGAUCAUUCAAAUAGCUAGUAGCUACUAGGUUGGUGUACCAUUUUUUUGAACAAUGUUCAGAACGUGAAUUCAUUUAUAAUAUUCAAAUUUAAGUUUGUACAACUCUGGUAUGAUUAAUGAACAUACUUGGAGGGAAAAAGUAUGAUGUUCCAUUGAGCUUCUGUCUAAAUCUAGAGCUCAGCUAUUGUAUGAACAUGACGACUUUCUGUUGUGGUAUAUUAUGAGAUAAAAUAACUGCCUUGGUUAGUGAUAAAACAUCAUAAGAUGACUAUUGUUCUUCAUAUGAUCCUCCUGGAGGGUUUUAACAGGUCUAGGCUGGAGGCUUCCAAGUUACAGGUCUCCUAAAACAAAAGGAGAGAGAGUGUUGCAGGACUCGAUAUGCUUCACCAUUUCUGUAGGAUGAGAAAGUUCAUUGAAUAAAAUGAUCAACACACA